UAUAAACCGAGCCCUUGAAGCAUCGUCACCCCUGAAACCCUAGCUUUCCUCACGCUGCGCCGCCGACGGUGAUUAGGAGCAGGAGCCUGAAGAGGGAUCUGCGAUGGCCAAGUCAAAGAACCACACGGCGCACAACCAGUCGUACAAGGCGCACAAGAACGGCAUCAAGAAGCCCAAGCGCCACCGCCAGACCUCCACCAAGGGGAUGGACCCAAAGUUCCUGAGGAACCUGAGGUACUCAAGGAAGAACAACAAGAAGAGCGGUGAGGCUGAGGCAGAGGAGUAAACUGCUGGAAUUUCAGAUGAUGAAUUCCUGUCUUGUGUCGCUAGGGUCUGGAGUCUUGAACUUAAUGCUCUGUUCUGUAUGACCAAAGGUCCUCAGUUGGUACCAAAGUUUUUGUUGUCUUGCUGCCUGGCUGGAUUUGAAUUAAAACCGUUAUUUGCAGCCUUUUGAGAAUUGGGAACCCCGAGUAUGUCGUUCUAGUUUCUGUGAUGUCUAUUAUCACCAGUUUUGCCUGCUGUAA